AUGAGCCAAGUCGUCGUCGACACCACAGAACGCGAAGGAUUUAAGAGAUCUGCCACCAAUUUGCUGGACAUUGUCCAUAACACGCUCGUUUUAUCCCACAUCGUCGCCUACCUACCGCCAUCCUCCAUCACCAAGCUCACAGCAACCAACCGAGCCAUCCGAGACACCAUCACCCACACCCCAGGCGUGCAUCGCCACCUAGACCUCACCACAGUCAAGAGAGCCUACACCAGCGUUGGCGCAAUCAAUCACGGCGGCGAUGUUACGCCACUCGUUGAAAAUCUGACUGAAGACGACUUCUACUCAGGACUGCUGCGCGGACUCUUCUCUACCUUGCAAAGGCGAAACAUCCUGCAAGAUGUGCAGACCCUCGUAUUGGACGGCCUCUCCGUGACCGCGGAGCUCUGUCACGAGAUCAUCAACGACCCCCGGUUCAACGUGCGGCUGCUCUCCAUCCGCGACGUCACCAACCUCAACCACGCGAAGCUCCGCGGCGCGCUGCAGUAUGCCUGCCGCGCGAGCCGCGACGCAAACCCGCGCCUGAAAGGUCUUUACCUCUUCGGCCCCAAGGGCUCCGGCGCGUCCGCCGGCGACGCCUGGUGGGACGUCAAGGGGCGGCAGCUCCGCCGGCCCGUCACCGACGAGUGGGCGGCGUGCGUGCUCGCCUGCUCCGGCGCGCUCGUCUUUGACGCGCCGCUGUGUCACGGGCCGCGCCACCGCAACAGUCGGGCUGCCGGCGCCGCCGGACUGGUCGCGGAGCACCGGCCGGCAGUGGCAACCUACGCGCUCGCGGGCUGUGCGGGCUGCGGCGCCGCGCCGGAGGGCAUGACGAUGCCCUCCUCGUCCGAGCUGCCGCUGCUUGCGCCGCCGCCAACCACCUCCUCGUCGGUGCGGGCGGCAACUACGCCCGGGCGCACGGCGACGGCGUUUGUGCCGCGGUGCGGCGAGUGCAUCCGGGAGCGCCACUGCCAGUGCUGUGAUAAGUGGUGGUGUGAGGCGUGCUACCAGCUGCCGGGGCAGGGAGGGGGGCCGGUGCAGGAGCCGGCUGUGGUCAUCUUGGAGGAAGGUGACGGCCUGGCCCUGGAGGACUACAUCGCUCUCCAGGAGGCGGCCCCGAAAAUGAAGAACCGAGUCACAAAAAGCUGCUGGGAGUGCGGUAACAGCUGCGAAGAUUGCAUCGACAAGACGCAGCGAGUGUGUAAGAAAUGCUGCGCUGGCUACUGCACCGUCCAUAACGAAGGGUCAUCCGCCGAGUUUUGUGACUGGUGCGUCUCUCGAGGCCGCAGGCUGGCCAAGACAAAGGGACAUGAGGGCAGCCCACCGCGGCUGACCAUUCUGCGUGACGUCCGUCACCUCAACCACAUCCGCCGAAGGGCUGGAUUCUAA